GCUCGCCGCCCAGCCCGGAUGCCGGCUCAGGCCGGGCCGCGCCGCCGAGGUGCCCGAAGAGAGGCCCGAGCCGCGAGCGGGACACCGCGGCCUCCGCUGGGGGAAAACUACCAAUCAGAUAGAAAUAUUCUGUCCUGCAACCAAAUAUGGGAAAGAAGAACAGGACUUACUGCAAGCAGGCAUGGAUUAACAAAGGAGUCCAGAUCUCCAGAUCAAGACACAUCCUUUUCCAACAGAGAACAGCAGUCGGGGAGAUGGCUCUUGAAGUUAAAUGAGACUGGAUAAAACACAUAAAUGAAGCUGAAGCUGCUCUGCAUGUGUUAGGGCUAUAUCACCACAAGCACUGCUGAUCAGCCAGACUUGGUAACUUGUCAUAAUGAAGAAAAUUAGUCUCAAAACAAUUCGCAAGUCCUUUAACUUAAAUAAAAGUAAAGAUGAAAGUGACUUUGUAGUGGUUCAACAGCCGUCAUUAAGUGAAUUUGGAAAAGAUGACUCCCUGUUUGGCAGCUGCUAUGGUAAAGAUUUGGCUAGCUGUGAAGUCAAUAGUGAAGACGAAAAAGGUGGCAAAAAUAGAUCAAAAAGUGAAAGCUUAAUGGGUACGUUAAAAAGGAGGCUUUCAGCAAAGCAAAAGCAAAAAGGCAAAGGCAGCACACCAUCUGGAAGUUCUGCAGAUGAUGACACCUUUUCUUCGUCAUCUGCUCCAAUAACUUUCAAAGAUGUGCGAGCUCAAAGACCUCUGAGAUCCACUUCCCUCCGUAAUCAUCAUUACAGUCCAACUCCAUGGCCCCUUCGACCUACAAAUUCAGAAGAGACUUGCAUAAAAAUGGAAGUGAAAGUCAAGGCCUUGGUCCAUUCCUCUAAUCCAAGCCCAGCACUGAAUGGCGUUCGAAAGGACUUCCAUGACUUGCAGUCAGAUAACGUGUUCCAGGAACAAAACAAUGCAUUGAAAAACACGGAAUCUCAGAAUGGGGACUUGCAUCUUCAUAUUGAUGAACAUGUGCCUGUAGUUAUUGGAUUAAUGCCUCAGGACUACAUUCAGUAUACUGUGCCUUUAGAUGAGGGAAUGUAUCCUUUGGAAGGAUCACGUAGUUACUGUCUGGAUAGUUCCUCACCUAUGGAAGUUUCAACUGUUUCUUCUCAAGUGGGGGGAAAUGCUUUCCAUGAAGAAGAGAGUCAAGUGGAUCAGGAUGUAGUAGUUGCACCAGAUAUCUUUGUGGACCAGGCGGUGAAUGGUUUGUUGAUUGGUACCACAGGAGUCGUGUUGCAAAGUCCAAGAGUUAAUCAUAGUGAUGUCCCUCCACUUUCACCUUUGCUACCUCCAAUGCAGAAUAAUCAAAUCCAAAGGAACUUUAAUGGAUUGAAUGGCACAGAUGCCCAUGUGGCUGAAAGUAUGCGCUGCCAUUUAAAUUUUGAUCCUAACACUGCCCCUGGAGUUGGAAGAGUUUAUGAUUCUGUACAGAACAGUGGUCCUAUGGUUGUGACGAGUCUCACGGAAGAACUGAAAAAACUUGCAAAACAAGGAUGGUACUGGGGCCCCAUUACACGUUGGGAGGCAGAGGGAAAAUUAGCUAAUGUGCCUGAUGGCUCGUUUCUUGUUCGAGAUAGUUCUGAUGAUCGUUAUCUUUUAAGUUUGAGUUUUCGUUCCCAUGGAAAAACGCUUCACACUAGAAUUGAACAUUCAAAUGGUAGGUUUAGCUUUUAUGAACAACCGGAUGUGGAGGGGCAUACGUCUAUAGUUGAUCUAAUUGAACAUUCGAUCAGGGACUCUGAAAAUGGAGCUUUCUGCUAUUCAAGAUCCCGAUUGCCUGGAUCUGCAACUUAUCCAGUGAGACUAACAAAUCCAGUAUCUCGGUUUAUGCAGGUGCGUUCUUUACAAUACCUGUGUCGUUUUGUAAUACGUCAGUACACCAGAAUAGACCUGAUUCAGAAACUGCCUUUGCCAAACAAAAUGAAGGAUUAUUUACAGGAAAAGCACUACUGAAAGCUUAUUGGAAUAUUGCAUCUUGCACUUUGGGAACAACAACAACAAAAAGAGAUUGAAUUACAGUUUACAGACUUUCAUUAUUAUCAAAAUCUUUUGCUGCCAUAAUGAUAUUUCAUUUUUGUGUGUAAAAGAAAGGUAAUGCAUUUGGAUUUAUGUUUGUUUUGGGGUGUUUUGUGUAUUUUUGGGGGCUUUUUUUUUGUUUUUUCUUUUUUUUUUUUUUUUUUUUAAAGAAUGAUUUCAAGUUUAUUUUUAGAAGUGUGAAAUAGCUAUCUUUCAUCAAUGUGCAGAUUAAUCACAAUGUGAAUGAUCAAAUUAUCCUUAAUUUCCCCCAAGUCCUUUGCUGCUAUCCACUGUGAUUUUUAUGCAUUGAAAGCACAUUUCAUGUGUAUUCAACCAUAAGUAAAAGUCGAUGAAAGUUGUUCAAUGGAUUUUUAUUCCUUUAAAGUAGCCUGUUUGAAAAAAGAUGAUCAUGGUUAAAAACAUCAGUAUUCUAAAUUAAAGAAUGUUAAAAAUGAUUUCCGAGUUCCUAAUUAUAAAUUUCUAUAGAGAUAUGCCAUAAUGUGGAACUUAAUAGAGCUGUGUGAUAAAGACAUGCUUAUGCAGCAGGUAUCUUAAAAACAAACAAAAAAAACCCAAACCCAAUAAAGAACAAAACACCUUUCUCUUAAGCCUUGUAUUGUCUGUACACUACUUUGUGUUUGAGAAAGUUGGUUCAGCUUUCUUAUUGUCUCAGUAUUUUGUUCUUUUAAAAAUGGCCUUUAAAAAAAAAAGUCUGUGAGAGUCAAUUCAUCACACCUAUGAGGAAGUUGCAGUAUUGGGAUGACAUCAAAUAUCUUUAAAUGCCAUUGAGUUAAAUAAGCGAACUCCUACCAGGACCCUUCUUCUGUUUUACCUCUCUUUGGGCAAAAAAUAUGCCCUGAAAGUAUAGGAAGACGCUAGGAAAUGCUUUUACUGAAAUACAAACUGUUAAGCCAUUUCAGGGAUUGGGCAGAACUAAUAGGAGGAUUUCUACAAUAUUUGUUCAAACUAAUAGAGAUUUCAGCAUUUUCCUUUUUUUUUUUUUUUUUUCCCCUAAUUUUUUUUUUUUUAAUUUUUUUUAAUUUUUCUCUUUUGAAAUGCAGUAAUACACUACUGUUAUUUGAAUCGUUCUACUUUUUAUUUAUGUUUUCUUAAUAUUCUUUGAGGAGGAAAAAGUAGGACUAAUGGUAUUUUGGAUGGAAGUUGUUUGAAAUGAAUCUCUAAAGCUCUAUUCUCAUAGGCCCUGAUAUUCUGGGAAGGAAAAGUUUGAAUAUAUAUUGACCACAGAAAAUGUUUCAGUUAACUGUCAUGAAAUAUGUUUUGACAUAUGAAAUAUUGAAUCAAUUAAGUAAAUGUUUAUGAUAUCUGUCGAAGAUUCUGGCAUUUGAAAAGCUUACAGUAAUUCUGACAUUCAAUAAGGAAAAAGACUUUCAGUCGGGAAUACAGGUUCCACAAUGUAAUCUUUGAUUCAUGCAAUGUUAAUCCAUGGCAUUAUUUUAUUUCUUUUUUUUUCUUCCUCCUUGCCCAUGGUUCUGUCCUUUUUAUGUUAAAGGGAUCGUGGCUAACUGACUUGGGAGGGAGGCUUACUCUGCUUCCCUCUGCCCCUAGAUUUUAGCAUUUUAGAAUGUCAUCUUCUCCAUCUCUGGUAGGAGUUGCUAGUUAGUAAACAUCAGCAUAGAAAGGACUGUUUAUCUUUGAUAUGAUACAGCUUUCUUUUUUAGGUCAUUUUCUUUUUUUUUUUUUUCCUGUUAUUUUUUUUUUUAACCUAGCCUUUUGACCCCUGAAGUGAGUCUUUAGUAAUGAAUACACUAUUGCUGCAAGGUGGUGUGAUAGCACUACAUCUUGGGUUGCCUGAAUUGAUAGACAAAAUUUAUAUUUUUUUAAUUUAUUUUUUGACCAUAAUGUUUAACAAAAAAGUUUAAAAAAAAAAAAAGAAAAAAAAGAAAAACAAAGGUAGAUAAAGGCUGCCUUUGCUUUUAAGGGAGCGAGAGUAAGGAUUUCUUCUUUAGUCUUAUCUGAUAAAAGUUUUAAAUUAAAAAGAAAAGUUAAAAAGUCAGAGCUGUCUAUAUACAUAAUUUGUUUCUGCCAUUGAGAUACAUUUAUGCAAGUGUGAAUUCUGUUUCCUUUUUUUCCUCUACUGACAUCUUUCCAGACCUAUCCCGUCCCCCCCUGCCCCCCCCAACCCCUGAAUCAGAAUCACUAACUUUGUUCAAAAAAGGCACAAUAACCUAUUGUAUGGUACAGUGUUCUGAUUCUGUCUGUGAGGAGGAAAAAGAAAAAUCAUUUUUAUAGAUUUCAGAUGCAUACAUCUUGGGGAAAAGAAAAACAACCUCUGGCAUUUACUUCACUUUAAAAAUUCUUUCCCUGUGGAAGCUGGAGGGCCUAUGCAUUCUACAGAAUCUUUGAAAGAUUACUGUAUAAUAAAUAUUUUCAUUGCCAUUUAAUACCACCAUUGAAUGCAUUAAAAUUAUACUAUGCCACAUGUGUUAAUUUAGCAGUUACUAUGAUGAAAUCAAAAUAUUUGAAGCUAUAAUAUCCCAGUCUUAUUGCUGAAUUGAAAAAUAUGUAAGAACACAUGCCCAUGCCUUUUCAGAUUUAUUUGUUCACUCUUAUGUAUUGAUGAUUUUUGAAACUAGUUCAGCUGUCCAGUUGUUGAAUUGCCUUCCUUGCUAUAUUCUUUGUUUAGUCAGGUCAACUUACUGUUGUCAAUUUCCCCCUCCUAUAAAGCUUCCACAAAGGAACGCUUUAAAGUACUGGAGGCCUAGGAUGUGGAUACCACAUAGUACUUUUGUUCUUGAUACAAAUGGUGGUGAUAUUUCCGCUGAGGUUGAAAUACUUUAAAUCAGUAGUAAGUAGACAAAAAAACCAAAAACCCCAGUACUUAUUUUUACAGGUUUCAUUAUUCAAAAGUUUUCUGUAUAUUUUAUGCUAAGGUAAUUGGCCAGCCAGGAGAAAGAACACAGAAAAAAUACUUUGAAAAUCUUAGGGGUACUUCAUAUAAUAAAUAUUAAUACAGAAUAAACGCAGUAACACUUAAUUAUGAGGCAAUUUAAAAUACUCAGAAUAACCACAAAAAUUUGUUUUAAUGUCUACUUCAUAAAAUUUAGAGAAGCAAUGUGACCUUGAGAAACAAAAAGGAAAGAAAUUGAAGUUUUAAAAUAGCUGCACUAAGAAAAAGUUAACUGACAAUGAUUUUCAUACAGUAGAAAAGUAACUAUUUAUUCAGCACAACAGCUUAAGGGUUCAAAAGACAGGCCUUUUAUGCAGCUGAAUUUUGGAGCAAUGUUUUUCAAAAUGAAACUUUGAAAUAAAACUUCUUGGUUUGAGCUUAUGAAACAAGUGAAAUUACUGGUAACAAUUGUGUUUUGUUAAUUGAUUAGAAGAGUAAAACAAUACCUUUAAUUUGAACAUAAAAAUUUGCACAGGUUUUUUUUUUGUUUUUGUUUUUAAUUUGUAGGUCAGUGUUAUAAAAAACUGAAAGUCAUUUGUAUUCUUUUAUCAAUUUGAAGGAUAUAGCACUUAUCCUGCUCUUGACAUAGCGAAUACCAUCUUUGGAUAAAAAUGUUUUUUCUGUCAGAAAGAUCUGAAAUGCAAUUAAUAAUUAAAUUCUUUGUUCACCAAUGAACUUUACAUUUUUUUUUAAAGCCACUUUCUUUCUUGUAGAGAAAUACAAGAAAUAUUGGGUGCUGGGCUAAGUGAAAUCUGUGCAGGAUUUUUUUAUUUAUUUUUUUUUUUGGUGAUGCGUUUCAUCUAUGUGAUUAUCAGAAUUAUAAAUUUUAAAUGGUAUACCAGCAAUAUAUGGGCUAUAAUUCUGUUGAGGAAGUAUUUCUCUGUUACUGUAUUUUCAAUUUCUGUGCUAAGCUAUGGAUGAGUUUCAUUUCUUUCAAUUAUUUUAAUACUGCAAAGAAGAAAAAAUAGUCACAUCCUUUAUAGAUAAAAUAUGGACAAGAUGGUAGUUCAUGAUAUGGCAUUGAUAUGUCUGGAAACUUCUAAAUUCUACAAAGAUAAUGAAAAAUUCCUAAAAAAUUUUCUAUGACUUUAUGUUGGGUUAAAGAAUUUUUAUAGUGAUGAUGGAGUGCCAUGAAGUUAAUACUUGCAAUCCAGAUUGCUGUAGUUUACACUUUUCUCUGUUUCAGACCUGGUGUGCACUAUUUGUACUAAGCACACCACAGAGUGAAUUAUCCAAAGUCCAUUGAUUUUAAUGUGUUUUGGUUUGUAACAAAAUUAUAGUAAUUUCUUGCACAUUUUGGAGAAAUAAUUGUAUAAGGAUUAAUGUAUCUGCUUCUGGAUACAGUGUGUAAAUAAAAAUUUCAUUCACAAGAA